UAGACCAAAGUUAUUGUAAAAUUUGAAAAACCUUGUGUAUUAGUAGUAUUUUACUUAAACAUUCUAGUGAGAUCAGAAACAACAAAGCUGGUUGAUAAUUUCUCCAUGGUUAAGAAAACUGUAUUGAAGGUUAAUAUCGAUUGUCCAAAAUGCAAAAAGAAACUCAUCAAAACUGUCUCUUCUCUUGAAGGGAUAGAUAAAAUUGAAGCUGAUGAAGUGAAGGGAACAUUGACAAUAUUAGGGGAUGCAGACCCAUAUGACAUAAUAGUGCGAAUAAGGAAAGCAGGAAAACAUGCUGAAAUUGUGAGUAUUGGGCCUCCCCCAGGCCCUGCCCCUCUACCACCUGGGCCGGCGCCUCCGAAAACGGAUGCUGCAAAAAAGCCCGCGGAAAAUAAAAAGCCCGAAGAAAAGAGUAAGCCUGGAGAUAAGGAUAAGCCCAGCCCAGUGAGUUUGGACCAAAUAUCUUAUGUGCUCUAUACGCAGAUGCCUUAUUGCUACCCACAGUACCAGGGCCAGCCAGUUGCUGUGGUGUACAUGAAUAGGUGGGAUGAACCCAAUACAUCUUGCACUAUAAUGUGACUUUUUAAGCGAUAAUUAUGGUAGACAUCUUCUUGAGUGGUAUUAUGUUUUCUUUCAAAUAAAAUGAGAGAAUUUUGGUUUUGGUUA